AUGGGCACUGUUGUUGCCUGCCCCGCGCACAUUCCUUGCAAGGGAUCCUCGCACAUCCUGGCCCUCGGCGCGAGGAGGCCGAACGAGCUCUCGUUCUUCGACGGUGCGCCAGACUGCAAGGAAGGCGCCUUCGUGCACAACGGCGGCGCAUAUGCGUUCAGCUCGGACGGGUCCCUGCUGGCAAUCGCGUCGGCGGACAAAGUCACGGUGUUCAACGCCGUGGACGACACGCUCGUCACAGAGCUCGAGGUCCCCGGCGCGUCCUUCCUGCACUUCUCGCCCAGGAACACCUUCCUCGCCACAUGGUCGCGCCCCGACGCCAUCCCCGACAAGGGGCGCAACCUGCUGCUCUGGUCCCUGAAGUCGAAGCAGCAGGUCCUCACGCUGUCCCAGCGCACCAUGCACAAGUCCCAGUGGCCGGCGAUCCAGUUCAACAGCGACGAGUCCCUCGCCGCCAACAUGGUCAGCAACCUCGUCAACGUCCACUCCGUCUCCAACGGCACCCUCACCAUCUCCAAGAAGCUCCCGCUGCCCAACGUCAACGGGUUCAAGCUCAGCCCUAGCCCCCUCGAGGGUGGUCCCGGGGAGCCCAUGGUCGCGGCGUUCGUGCCCGAGAAGAAGGGCGCGCCCGCGCGCGCGUCGCUGUUCAGCGUGGCGUCCCUGCCGGACGCGGGCGCGGACAAGAAGGAGCACCCGACGGCGGUGGUGGGCAAGUCGUUCUUCAACGCCACGGAGAUGUCCUUCUUCUGGUCGACUACGGGGUCCGCGGUGGUCAUGAUCGCGAGCGCAGACGUGGACAACACGAACCAGUCGUACUACGGGCGGCAGACGGUCCACAUGAUGCAGGCGGACGGGUCGGACGAGGGCGCGGUGCCGCUGGGCAAGGAGGGGCCCGUGUACGACGUGGCGUGGAGCCCGUCGGGGGAGCACUUCGUGGUCGUGCACGGCUUCAUGCCCGCGAAGGCCAUCCUGUUCAACGCGCGCUGCAAGGCGCUGUUCGACUUCGGGGCCAUGCCGAUCAACACCGUGCGCUGGAACCCGUACAGCAAGUGGAUCUGCCUGGCCGGGUUCGGGAACCUGCCCGGGGACGUGUUCGUGUACGACCGCAAGGCGGACGGCAAGUGCAAGACGAUCGGGCAGAUGCGGGCGCCGAACUCGACGGACGUCAUGUGGGCGCCCGACGGGCGGCACCUCCUCACGAUCACCGUCUCGCCGCGGCUGCGCGUGGACAACGGCUUCCGCGUGUGGUCGUACAAGGGCGAGAUGCUGCACCACGAGGCCUUCGCGGAGAUGCUCGACGCCAGCUGGAAACCGGUGCCCGCGGGGACGAUUCCCGAGCGCCCCUUCACUCCCCCGCAAGCGGCCGCGAAGGACAAGGCCGCGGGCGGCGGCGGGGGCCCGGCGGCGAAGGCAGGCGCGCCGGCGGGCGGCGCGGGAGCCGUGGGGUACGUUCCGCCGCACCUGCGGAAGCAGGGCGUGCAGCCACAAGCGCAGAAAAAGGGCGGGUUCUCGCUCGCGUACGACGAGGACGACAUCGGCGGGAAGGUGGCCGCCGCGGGCGCACGCGCGCGCGCGAGCGGCGUGGGGGGCGUGGUGCCGGGCUUUGAGCCGGUGGCGACGAGCAAGUCGGCCGCGAAGAACGCCAAGCGGAGAGCCAAGAAGAAGGCGGCCGCGGAGGGCGGGCAAUGA